CAUUCUUCAGCCCCAACCUAAACCCCAAUGUGUUAAAACCCUAAGAGCAGCUCCUCCACUGGAACCUCAAAGCUUUCAUCCCUAUCAAUUUUGCAGCUAUCACAGGCAUUUAGCUCAAAUGAGAAGGUUCACGUGGUUAACGCCAUAUCGGCGCCAUUUGCUUUCGUCUGUGGCCUCAAUCGAUAAAAGAGAUUCGUUCACCAAAUUCUUGUCGUCUUCCCAAUCCUUGUUACUCGCACGAGCUUUGGUGAAUUGCAGUUUUUUUACAAAAACGGAGGAGUCUCCAAUUCCUAGAACACCAUUGAGAUAUCGUUAUAUUCAUGCCACAGCAUUUUCUUCUGCUGCUGAACGAGACUAUUAUCGAGUUCUUGGUGUUCCUCAAACUGCCAGUCAGGAUGAGAUAAAGAAGGCAUUUCACUUGCUUGCUAAAAAGUACCAUCCAGAUGCAAGUAAGAAUAAUCCAUCUUCGAAGAGGAAAUUUCUUGAUAUAAGAGAAGAAUAUGAGACAUUGAGAGACUCUAAAAAAAGGGCAGAGUAUGACAAGAUGCGUAAUCGUGGUUCAGAGAACAUAGAAUAUGGUGAUGAUGAUGCAGAAAGGUUAGAAAUGCUUAUCGUUCUAAAUUUUGGUCUCAAACUUAUUUAUGGACAGAUAUUUGAAGAAGCAACUCAAUUCUCGUCAAAUAUAGAGGUGGAGUUGACUCUUACUUUCUCAGAAGCUGCAAGAGGAUGCACCAAACAUGUGUCGUUUGAUGCGUUAAUUCCCUGUGAUUAUUGCAAUGGGCGGGGCUAUCCGCAAGAUGCCAACCCUAAAGUUUGUCCAACAUGCAGGGGCUCAGGUCGAGUUACAAUCCCUCCAUUUACUUCAACAUGCAUUACUUGUAAAGGAUCAGGCCGUAUAAUUAAGGACUUUUGUAUGUCAUGUAGAGGAUCUGGGGUGAUUGAAGGGAUUAAAGAGAUUAAAGUUACAAUACCAUCAGGCGUGGAUUCAGGGGAUACAAUCCAUGUGCCAGAAGCUGGGAAUGCUGCUGCAAGUCGAGGUCGACCUGGAAGUUUAUACAUUAAAAUAAAGGUGGCUGAGGAUUCAGUCUUUAUCAGAGAUGGUGCAGAUAUCUAUGUGGAAUCUAAUAUUAGUUUUACACAGGCUAUUCUUGGUGGCAAAGUUGAGGUGCCUACUUUAUCGGGGAAGAUGCAAGUAAAAAUACCCAAGGGUGUUCAACCGGGACAGCUUCUGGUUUUAAGAGGCAAAGGACUACCUAAGCAUGGGUUUCUUGUACAUUAUGGGGAUCAGUAUGUGCGUUUCCGUGUUAACUUUCCCACUGCAAUCAAUGAACGACAACGAGCUAUACUUGAAGAACUUGCAAAGGAGGAAAUAAAGGAGGGAAACAGCUCAUCAUUUGAAGGAAAUUGGUGGCAGCAUAUUCUUGAACGCACGUCGAGUCCAAAGUUUAUGCUGGAACUAUCUAUGCUGAUAUUAUUCCUUGUCUUCAUUAACAAAAUGUUGAGCGGAUAGCUUGCUCAAAGUUCAAAGAUGGUUGCAGUGGAUUUGCCAAAGACAAAUCCAUGUGAUUGCUGUAUUCCUCAUCCUUACGGACUAUGAAAAGUAGAAGGUAGAGUGGAGCAAGUAGCAUCUGAGAUCCUAUUGAAUUGGAAAUGAGUGAACGGACUACGGAAUUCAAGGCUAUAGCUGAAUAAUGCUAUUUCUUGGCGUCUAGUCCUUUUUCAUGUUUUAUCAAACUAUCAAUGAAUAAGAUUGCCAGCAAAAAUGGUGAAAGUUUAUUUCGUAAGAUUCCUCCUACAGUUUCUGAAAUAUGCGAAGGUCAUCAUAGAGACUUCAAAUCGAAGACGGAAACUUCCCGUGUACUAAUUUUGUUUCAUGAUAUUUUACUUGUGCAAUGGGGAGGGUUCUUUGUUUCUUUAAUGUAUUCUUUUGUGCCCCAAAUCAUAUACCACAAAUUACAUUAUGAAAUUCAAGGAAUGAAGAU